ACUGAAAGGACGGUAACGCGGCGCGGCGCCUGUACGAGUCCCCACCCGAGAGCAUGGCGGCGACCGCGGCUGGGCUGGUGCGCACAAGAAGAGGCGGAAUGAAAACACAGCCCGGGAACUGGUGCCUUUAACCGUGAACAUCGGCUGCUUUAAAAACAGCUCGUUUUCUGUUUGCAGCUCCGACAUUGAUUCGGAGGCUUUGUUAGCCUAGCCAGAGCUACAGCCGCUGCACGACGUUAGUGAGGCACGGCGGUGAUUUAGGACGGUGUGGCUGAGCUCAGCAGCUGAUAAUAGAGCCCCGCACACCGCUGUAACCGUGCAGCCGCCCGGACUGCGGUGGAAGUCGAUGCCUGGUACAAACGAGACGAUGCACCGCUUCAUGUCCUCCGUGUUUUUAUCCGGGCAGCGCGGUUUUGCCUUUGUGCGCCACUUGUUUACUUCUCCGAGCUAAAGCGAGUAGCAGCAGCAGCAGUAUGGGAGUCACACGUUCCCGGCCACUGUAACUAUAAAACACAGCUUUGCCUUUUAAUCCUAGUUUUAAUGUUUUAGUGUUUUGUUUUUGUUUAUAUAAGAGCCAUGCGCGAGUAUAAAGUGGUGGUACUGGGCAGCGGCGGCGUGGGGAAGUCUGCCCUCACCGUGCAGUUCGUUACCGGCACCUUCAUCGAGAAGUACGACCCGACCAUCGAGGACUUUUAUCGCAAGGAGAUCGAGGUGGACUCGUCGCCUUCUGUGCUCGAGAUCCUGGACACGGCUGGGACCGAGCAGUUCGCCUCCAUGCGCGAUCUGUACAUUAAGAACGGCCAGGGCUUCAUCCUGGUCUACAGCCUGGUCAACCAGCAGAGCUUCCAGGAUAUCAAGCCCAUGAGGGAUCAGAUCAUCCGAGUGAAAAGGUAUGAGAAGGUGCCUGUGAUUCUGGUGGGGAAUAAGGUGGAUCUGGAGAGUGAGCGGGAGGUGUCGGUCAGCGAGGGGCAGGCUCUGGCUGAGGAAUGGGGCUGCCCCUUUAUUGAGACCUCGGCCAAGAGCAAGACCAUGGUGGACGAACUGUUUGCCGAGAUCGUUCGACAGAUGGACUACGCAGCACAGCCGGACAAAGAUGAUCCUUGCUGCUCAUCCUGCAAUAUACAAUAACCCUCUAUUAUGAGGACACACACACAGUAUACACACACAUGCAGGCACAGUCAUGACACACAUACAUGAAAAAAACAACACAAAUUUUAGGUGUUCUUCUUUUGGUGCAUCAUUUUCAUCAUAGUGUCAUUUAUUCUGGCUUAUAUGUCCAUGGUUAACAGGGCAAGUCAUGAGACUUUUAUCAUUUUAUAUGAUUGACUUUCUGAAACACAGAGAUGUGCACUGGCCUUAUGAUUGCUCUACUGGAGAUGGUGUCUGCUGUGCUCUGGGCCUUGUUAACCCUAUCUAACCUAGACUAUCUCUUUUUCAUAGUUUUUAGACCUAUUUUGGUUGUAUGGUUGUGGAUUUACUGACUGAGAGUUGUAUAGCAGAAUUACACCUCAACCAUAAGGAUGUUACACAACUUUGACACUACCAAAAAAAAAACUUUAAAAGGCCUUCUGGUGAUUUUUUUUUUUUUUUUUUGGUUCAUUAGUCUUCAGUUUGAGACUGUAGAUGGUAUUUUUCUUUCUUGAACAUCAGUGUGAUGGUGCUGUGUGUUAGUUGUGUUUUGUGUUCUUGGAAAUGUUACAAGACCACAAAAAGCCCAGAACUCAAUUGUACUGAAACAAGUGUUAUCCAGCCUUUGAAUUUCUGCUCCUAAAAGCUUUUGUUUGGUUAUAAGCUUAAGUUUUAGGUUUUACUUUCUUUACGAUUUACAUUAGCAGCAUUUAGCUGGCGCUUUUAUCCAAAGCGACUUAGUUAUGACAAUACAAUUUGAGCAAUUGAGGGUUAAGGGCCUUGCUCAGGGGCCCAAUAGUGGCAACUUGGCAGUGGUGGGGCUCAAACCGGCAUCCUUCUGAUUACUAGCCAGUACCUUAACGGCUGAGCUACCACUGCCCUUAUAUGGUGCCAUUAGACUCUGCUCUACUUGUACUAUUUCACCAUGGAGGAAUGAGAAGCAAACAUCAAACUCAUAAUAGCAGUAAUAGAAAUACAUGUGGACAUUGCCAGUUCCACUGCUUCCCCGUGAGACUGUGAACUAGAUGCAUGGCCAGAAACUGGUAAAUAGCCAGAAGCAACUGAGAUUAUUUGAAGCCGUUUUAAAGAGUUUGAGCCAAAACGACGAUCACUCCGGUCAGACCAGAGGAGCGAGGUGCUGUGUAUUCAUUGUUGAUUUUAUAUUUUUUUAUGUGAACAUUUACUCUCUCCCUUCCUGAAUGAAUGGUGACACUAUUUUAUUUAGCACCUGAAUAAAGUGUGUUCAACUCA